GGUGCACUGGUAUCGAAGGAGGAGAACGAGCGAUGGGUGCGAGCGCCGCCCAACUGCAAUCCAUUCGAUAUGCGUGCAUCGUUCACGUGCUCAUCACUGUCGUGUCGAGUUCGUGGAGCGCAGGCUACUUACGGACGGAACAGACUUAACACUGCCACUGGUAUCGAGAGGCCGACCGGCGGAGCCACGGCCCAGGCGCGCCAGUGUCCGGAGAUACAGGUGCCUCGGGGCGAGAAUUGCCUGCUGACGACGGACUGUCGACAGCUUGAAGAUGGCUGCUUCUCCUCGCAUCUGCGCUGGAUUUCGACGGCAAAGGACGCUAGCCGAAGUGGCUGUUCGAGUCCUGGCUGCAGACCGGUGGUUUAUGUGCCCGUACCCUGUGAACCGGUGCCUGCUGACAGCCGGGGCGUUAGUGAUAACAGGAGCAAAUCGAGCGCUGAGAUGGCGGCGCAGUGGCCGUCGACGUCGUCCUUGUCAUCGCCGUUGUUGAUGGUGCAGCAGGCUGCUGCUGUUGCUCCUGAUAUUUGUAGCAGAAUUCCUGCUACAGACACUGCUACCACUUCUAAUUCAGGUAUUACUAGUGGUUCUGCUGCAUAUAUUGCUGUGAGUCGCUGUGAAAUGAGAACAGAUCGGUCAAACGGUAGGAAGUUCGAAGGUGGGAGAGCCAAUGAGCUGGAGGAGGAGAAGGUGGAGGAGCGGAAGGAAGAAGGACAGGUCAGGAGCGAAACGGGUCAUCCUUCAUCUCGUGCUUUUCCACCUCUCCAGUCACUUGCUGUAUGCCUAGAAACAACGCCGAGUAGUAGCAUUUCUGCAACAGUGAUACAGUAA